CCCCUCACACGCCCUCGGCGCACACGGCUUAGCCUCCAGCGGGGUUGGUGUGCGGGUCCCGGAAGUGCUCGCGCGCGCUCACGCCCCGAGAGGUUUUUUGCUCCAAGGCGGCAUCUGUCGUCACCGUGGCGGCCACAGUGUCUCGCGCGACCUCUCCCGCUCUGGGGGAUGCGGGGGCUCCGGGCCCCGAGCCCAUGGGCGGCCAGGCCCAGCCCGCGGUGUCGGCGUGGAGCUCGUUUUUCUACCACGUCCGCUACGAGAACCUAGUGGCGGGCGUGAGCGGCGGCGUCCUGUCCAACCUGGCGCUGCACCCGCUCGACCUCGUGAAGAUCCGCUUCGCCGUGAAUGAUGGACUGGAAAUGAGACCAAAAUAUAAAGGAAUUGUUCAUUGCUUGAUCACCAUUUGGAAACUUGAUGGACUACGAGGACUUUACCAAGGAGUAACUCCAAAUGUGUGGGGUGCUGGCUUAUCGUGGGGACUCUACUUUUUCUUUUAUAAUGCCAUCAAAUCCUACAAGACAGAAGGAAGAGCCAAACAGCUAGAGGCAACAGAAUACCUUGUUUCAGCUGCUGAAGCUGGAGCCAUGACACUCUGCAUUACAAACCCACUAUGGGUAACAAAAACUCGCCUAAUGUUGCAGUACAGUGGUGUUAACACCUCACAGCAGCAAUAUAAAGGAAUGUUUGAUGCACUUGUGAAAAUAUAUAAAUAUGAAGGUGUGCGUGGAUUAUAUAAGGGAUUUGUCCCUGGCCUAUUUGGAACAUCACAUGGAGCCCUUCAGUUUAUGGCAUAUGAAUUACUAAAGUUGAAAUAUAACCAGCAUAUGGAGAGAUUGCCAGAAGCGCAGUUGAGCACAAUAGAAUACAUAUCAGUUGCAGCACUAUCGAAAAUAUUUGCUGUAGCAGCAACAUACCCGUAUCAAGUUGUGAGAGCUCGUCUUCAGGAUCAGCAUGUGUCUUAUAACGGUGUAUUGGACGUAAUUGCGAGGACGUGGAGGAAAGAAGGUGUCAGUGGAUUUUAUAAAGGAAUUGCCCCCAAUUUGAUUAGAGUGACUCCAGCCUGCUGCAUUACCUUUGUGGUAUAUGAAAAUGUCUCACAUAUUUUACUUGACCUUAGAGAAAAAAGAAAACAAGCCAACUGAAAUUCCAUUGUACCUGUUCAAGGCAGCAGUGUGUACCUACCUUUGUAUAUGAAAAGUGAAACUCCUUAGAAGAAUACUGUAUAGUAACAUGGCUCAAUCAAAAUUGGUCUAUCAUUAGUAGACAUCAAAGAACUGCUAGAUUUUCACAAUGUGUUUUUGCUUUUUGUCUUCCCCGUCUGGAUGGACUUGGUUAGCUCUUCCUGAGAUGACUCCAGCAACACAACUGUUAAACUGAUACCAAGCGGAGUUUCACAAGAUUUCUUUCUCUCUCUCUCUCUUUAUUUUUUUUAUUUUGUUAUCUUUAUUUGAUAGAGACAGCCAGUUAUCAAGAGGGAAGGGGGAAGAUAGGAAGAGAGACAGAAAGACACCUGCAGACCUGCUUUAUCACUCAUGAAGCUUUCCUUUUGCAGGUAGCGGUUGAGGACUUGAGCCUGGGUCUUUGCGCAUUGUAACAUGUGCACAGCCAGGUGUGCCACGACCCGGUCCCCACAAGAUUUCCAUUUCAUUAGUCAAGUAGAAGCUGAUUUGAAGCAUUUUCUAAAUUGAUUUGAUUGAUGUACUUGUUUUCUUUUUGUUUUUUUUUUCUGAACUUGUUUGCCUGAACUGUCUUUAAAAUUUGUCUUUGUGCAAUAGCAAGGAAGUAUGUCCUCUUAUAAGAAUACCACUGUCUUAUGGGUAAAUUACACAUUAGUGUUUACUGGAAAAGGUGUUAUCAGAGUUAGACCAUUUUAGAAUCAGGAGACUUUGAUAAGGAAAAAUUCAUUCUAGAUGUGCCUUAGUCUUAAAUUUGCAUGCCAUAGAAAUUUGAAAAGUUAGGCAUUUCUCUCAUUUUGAAAAAGAUCUGAAGUCCAUUCUAUCACUAAUUUUUUAAAGACUUUUCCAUAAUAUAAAAUGUAAUCCUGAAUUCAGUUGUUACUUAUGUAGUGACCCUUAGUGUCUUUUAAAUUCGUAAAAUUUGAACUUCUAGGAUCUAGCUGUGUCAGCUAAAUGAUCACUUUAUGCAGAUACUGGAAAGAUGGGGCAUAUCUGUUAACAAACUGAGUGGAAGUAAGCAGCUCAGACUUCCUACUUAGAUUUUCAAAUAUGUGGACCUAGAUUCUAAUUAAUAGCUAUUAUUCCAUAAUGACUUGAUAAACUUUGAUUUAAACACAAGCUAUAAUGGGCAUUAUGUUUAUCAGAUAAAGGACUGCCCCCAAAGGAUGUGAGAAUAUGAAUAUUUUUAUUUAUUGUAAACAUCUAUGAAGGUUUUUGCACUAUACCUACCACCUGUUGAUUGUAAAUAAAACUGUGGUUUUUCAAAGCCAUAUUUAAAUAGUUCUUUGAAAAUAAGUAUUUUUUAUAUUUAAAAAUGACAUUGUUUCAAAAAUAAAGAUGAAAUGAUAAGUAUCA